GCAGGCUUUUAGCUAAUCCUUAGCUUUAGUCCUUAGCUUUUUAGGAAUAAAAAAAUAUUAAAAAAGAGGGAAAAGCUAAGGAUGAAUCCUUAACUAAGGAGAAGAAGGAUCAAGUCCUUAAUAUGCUGGCGCAACGGGAUUGGUUCGAGCUUUCUAUUUUUUUUUCCUUGAUACAAAAAUAAAAAAACACAGAUCUUUAUCCGAUUACGGGAAAAAGCUAAAAACUUUGUUAAAAGCUAUGGCGAAGAAGAUGGGAGUAACAAUGGAAGUAGGGAACGAUGGCGUUGCUGUGAUCACCAUUUCGAAUCCUCCUGUUAACUCUCUGGCCAGCCCAAUUAUUUCUGGGUUGAAGGAGAAGUUUCAAGAUGCGAAUCAUAGGAGUGAUGUUAAGGCCAUCGUCUUGACAGAGAACGGUGGAAGAUUCUCGGGUGGUUUCAACAUCAAUGUUUUCCAGCAAGUGCAUAAGACUGGUACACAAGCGGCAUUACUGGUAUUAACAAAAACGACGCAGUUCAUCUCUUCCAGUCCAUGCUUCGGUCUCGUCCCCUCCCUACCGUCAUUGACUUCAAUAAACUGUCAGCGCCGUCGCCAAGACAAAACAGCACAGCCUCGUGUUAUCCCUCUCCAAGCAGAUGGAAUUCAACGGUAUUGCCUUUGACCUCUACACUCUCAACAUAACGAUGAACUGCUUCUGCCGCCUCCGGAAACUCGGUUUAGCAUUUUCCGUUUUGAGCAAGAUCUUGAAACUCGGCUUCACCCCCAGCACGAUCAUGUUUUCAACUCUGGUAGAGUCUCGAAGGCAGAGUCUCCGAAGCCGUGGCUCUAGUUGAUCGUAUGGUGGAAACGAAAGUCAGACCAGAUCUCAUCACGUUCACCACUCUCGUCAACGGACUUUGUCUCAAAGGCUAUGUGUCUGAAGCAAUGAGUUUGAUAGAUCGGAUGGUGGAACACGGCUUCCGACCUGAUGGAGUUACCUAUGGAACGGUUUUGAACAGAUUGUGCAAGUACGGGGAGACUUCCAUGGCCUUGGAUUUGCUCAGGAAGAUCAAGCACCAGGAAGCCGCUUGUUGCUGCAGUUGAAGGAUUAGCUCUUGGUGGUGGUUUAGAACUGGCUAUGGUGAGACUUUUCAAGUUUAUUUUUAAAAGUAUCUUUUUGUUGUUGUUCUUGUGUUGUUCUUGUGUUGUUGAUUGUACUACUUGUAAAAAAAAAUAUAUCUAAGGAUUUCAUAUUGGAUAACA